UCGAGCUUGAGAGGCAGGGGCGUCCUGGGUGGUGAGGUCUAGGCCCUCAAGCGAGCGUCCCGGACUGUCCCGCCGGCGGUAGGCGGCAAGUUGGGGCCAGGGCUCCAAAGCCAGUGGUCGGGGACCGCACAGCGUGGGCGCCGCCCUCUUCGGAGCCCGCUGGAGUGUGCAGUGAUAUCCUGAGAGAAGAUGGGAAAGGGCUGCAAGGUUGUGGUUUGUGGAUUGUUAUCUGUGGGGAAAACUGCAAUUUUGGAGCAGCUCCUUUAUGGAAAUCAUACUAUUGGAACAGAAGAUUGUGAAACAAUGGAAGAUGUAUACAUGGCUUCGGUGGAAACGGAUCGGGGAGUAAAGGAACAACUCCAUCUUUAUGACACCAGAGGCCUACAGGAAGGCGUGGAGCUGCCAAAGCAUUAUUUUUCAUUUGCUGAUGGCUUUGUUCUCGUGUACAGUGUGAAUAACCUUGAAUCCUUUCAAAGAGUGGAACUACUGAAGAAAGAAAUCGAUAAGUUCAAAGACAAAAAAGAGGUAGCAAUUGUUGUAUUAGGAAACAAGAUCGACCUUUCUGAGCAGAGGCAAGUGGAUGCUGAAGUGGCACAGCAGUGGGCAAAAAGUGAGAAAGUGAGACUGUGGGAAGUAACUGUUACAGAUCGGAAAACUCUGAUUGAACCAUUCACUUUAUUAGCCAGUAAACUUUCCCAACCCCAGAGCAAAUCAGGCUUUCCUUUGCCUGGGAGGAAAAACAAAGGGAACUCUAGCUCCGAGAACUAAAAAUCAGUAAUUCCACAAUUGUUUGUUGAAUGGGGAUGGCCUUUAAAGUGUCUGUGAACAUGGGGUAAGAUUAGUAUUUAAAAUAGGCCAUUUGUAUAUAUCUUUGUUCCUUAGGAAACCCUCAAGGUAGUAAUUCAAUGCACUUUAGGUUAUAAUUAAAUUAUUCAGUUGGGCUAAGUUUAUUAUUGCCUGAUAUGAAAUAAUAUAUUCUUAUUCUCAUUGUUUGAAGCCUGUCCCUGAAAUUAGCACCUCUGUUAUUUAUGUUGCACUUGUCAAAACAGUAAAAUAAAGCUUGGAUAGUGCUCUGGUU